CUGCAUGUGCUUUCUGGAGAAAAUGUUCGGCGUACCUGCAGCCAGCUCAGUGUUCGCCUGCGUGAGCUCUUUUCCUGGUUUCAAAGUUCCCACGGAAAGCGGAGGACCACCCAGCGGCGCCGAGCACGACGCCGAUUAGCUGCGCGGAGCUCAUUUGCAUUAACGUCAGUAAAGGCUGUAGGUCAAUCCUUGCGGGUGCUUUUAUUGGAUGUGCCGCUGUCAAGCAGUGCUGAAGAAUUGGAAGGGCAAACGCCAGAAAAGGCAGAGAAAAGACAAACAUAAAAUCAGCAUUAUGUAGCUCGAUUCUGCCUUACCUCCGCCCUCGUCAACCUUAAAUAAUCCUGCCGUCCCCGAUCCCAGAUCCGAAACUUGCGGACACGGAGCGGUCUUGUUUUUCUUUUUUUUCUUUCUUUCUUUUUUUUUUUUUUUUUUUUUUUUUUUUUUUUUUUUUUUUUAGAUUUUUUUUUCUCUGUGUGUCUCUCAAGCGAUUGCAUUCUCCAGAGGUGGUACCUCCACAUAUCACAAUCUGACAGCCUCUACAUCCUUUUUUCCUCCAGAAUGAGAGAAAAUCGUGGAGCCUGGUAACACUGUAGCCAAUUGCACCCGGGUUUGGACCUCUUAUAUCAGGCGGAUCAUCCUCAACCGGGCAGCGGAUGCCUGAAUGGAGAUUGCAAGCCAUCCACCAAGAUUUCCCCCGCUUCCUAAAUUGGUGAAUUUGGUCCGAUAAAUGGAGUGUUGCGUCGGACUACAUGGCAUUAUGUUUUACGGAGGGUGUUUGACAUCGGAGCGACCGGCCAGAAUAACACUCUGCAGUGUGAAUAUUUCACCCUGUUGAUGAUGAACCGCUCAGGACUGGAGCAAAGUGUCGUGAGAACCGGUUUAUGGCCCGUGUCUUGAGCUGAAGUGGGUAACCAGAUUGUUAAAGACAGAGGGAGAGAGAGUGAAAAAAAGCAUCAUUUUUGAUGGCUCCGGGGUGGGGGAGGACGACUACACAUAAAACCUUGGACACAAAAAAUGGAUAAAACUAUUGCAUGAAGCUGGCGGGGGGACUGCGUGGUGUGUGUGUGUGUGUGUUUUUCAGGCCCUACUUGAUAACAGUGAAGUUAAGGGAAAAAUGAGAAAAUGGUGAUGUGGUACGAAGAAGGCGAGAAGAGGAGCCGGAGUGAGGGAUAAAAUCGUCCAUGGGGAUCUGAGCAGCCCAGCUGAAGAAUAACGGAAUCCAAGUUUUCGAGGAUAAGACAGCUGCUUUGAUUAAAGACCUCCAAUUAACUUCAUGUGAAAAACAGAGGGAGGAAAUCAGCUUCCUGGUCGGGGGGGGGUGGGGGAUAGAAAGAUAUAUUAUUCAUGCCUGGUGUUAGAGGAAUUGGAGAACCGGCUUUGCUGUGGCCUAGAUGAUACAUAUAGAUGUAUUUAUAUAUAUAUAUAUAUAUAUAUAUUAAAAAAAUGAAACCUUAGGAGGAAGAGUGGACCCUAAAAACACAAAGAGAGGGCGAAUGACACUCGGGUAGCCUCAAAGUAAAGCACUUGCGCAAAAAGAAAAAAGGCUGAAGUGGGUUGAAGCAUGGGCUGUGCUUCAAGUAUUCAUAUCUCUGAUAGGGUGGUCUACCACAGUGGAAAAGAGUCCGAGGAUUCCCACUCACCCCAGCAGACUAAUACCACUCAGCAUCAAGGAAAUCCUGCCUCUGGACUACCCCUAAAACCCCCGAGCUGCAAGACCACAUUAACAGAGGUGCAAUUUGGACCAAUGAAGUUAUUUAAAGACCCACUUCAGGUACUUUUAGUUUUUGCCAAAGAGGACAGUCAGAGCAAUGGCUUCUGCUGGGCAUGUGAGAAGGCGAACUUCAGGUGCAGCAUGGCGCGAACACCCGAGUCGGCUCUUGAAUGCUUCUUGGAGAAGCAUCACGACCUCGUCAUCAUUGACCACAGACAUUCCAGACACUUUGACGCUGAAGCACUAUGCCGGUCAAUUAGAGCGGUCAACUCUUCAGAAAACACUGUGAUAGUCGCUGUUGUGAAAAGGCCAGACAGAGAGGAAGCCUCUGUGAUGCCCCUGAUCAAUGCCGGCUUUAAUAGGAGAUAUGUGGAGAAUGCCAAUAUGAUGGCCUGCUACAAUGAGCUGCUACAGUUGGAGCAUGGAGAGGUGCGGGCGCAGUUCAAAUUGAGGGCUGGAAAUGCUAUAUUCACAGCUCUAGAACAAAGCCAAGAGGCCAUAGAGAUCACUUCUGAAGAUCAAGUAAUUCAAUACGUGAACCCUGCCUAUGAGUCCAUUAUGGGCUACCAACAAGGCGAGCUAAUAGGGAAGGAAAUAAUAGAAGUGCCUAAAAGUGAGAAGAAUAAGCCUGAUCUCCUUGAAACAAUAAACUCCUGCAUACGGAAAGGAAAGGAGUGGCAGGGGAUUUAUUAUGCCAAAAAGAAGAAUGGAGACAGCAUUCAGCAAAAUGUGAAGAUCACACCUGUAAUUGGACAGGGAGGAAAAAUCAGACACUAUGUGUCUAUCAACAGGCCUUUAAAUGAUAAUAAUAAGAGUGAUAAAUCCAGUGAACGUGUGCAAGCAGAGUCUCAGACAGACAUCCAAUCCAGUAAGCACAAAGACCGGAGGAAAGGCUCUCUGGACGUCAGAUCUACAACAUCUCGGGGGAGCGAUGGGAGCUCGCAGCGUAGGCACUCCUCAAUGGCCCGCAUCCACUCCAUGACUAUAGAAGCUCCCAUCACCAAGGUAAUCAACAUCAUCAAUGCAGCACAGGAAAGCAGCCCUAUGCCCGUAGCAGAAGCCUUGGAUCGGGUACUGGAGAUCCUGAGGACCACUGAGCUCUAUUCCCCACAGCUGGGCACUAAGGAUGAAGACCCCCAUACGAAUGACCUUGUGGGGGGGCUGAUGACAGAUGGUUUACGCAGAUUGUCAGGAAAUGAAUACAUAUUUUCCACAAAACAGCCCCACCAUAUCCCCAGUCACUUGACAACUCCUCUGUCGUUAAAUGACAUCCCCCCUCGUAUUGCCCAGACCAUGGAAAAUGAGGACUCUUGGGACUUUGACAUCUUCAACUUGGAGGCUGCAACCAUGAAAAGGCCUUUGACCUACUUGGGCCUGAAGAUCUUCUCCCGCUUUGGGGUCUGUGAGUUCCUCAACUGCCCUGAGGCAACUUUGCGCUCCUGGCUACAAGUGAUCGAAGCUAACUACCACUCCAGUAAUUCCUACCACAACUCCAGUCAUGCAGCUGAUGUCCUGCACGCAACAGCAUAUUUCCUCUGCAAGGAGAGGGUCAAGCAAAGUUUGGAUCCCAUUGACGAGGUGGCUGCCCUGAUUGCUGCUACAGUGCACGAUGUGGACCACCCGGGCCGCACCAACAGCUUCCUGUGCAACGCAGGAAGCGAGCUGGCCAUCCUCUACAACGACACAGCCGUGCUGGAGAGCCACCAUGCAGCACUGGCCUUCCAGAUCACCACAAGAGACGAUAAGUGCAACAUCUUCAAGAACAUUGAAAGGAAUGAAUAUCGAACACUACGACAGGCCAUCAUUGAUAUGGUGCUCGCAACUGAGAUGACUAAACACUUUGAACAUGUCAACAAAUUUGUCAACAGCAUCAACAAGCCACUGGCUGCUUUGGAGGAGAAUGGGGGAAACAGUGAUGAGGAAUCUGUCAAAAGCAUUCUGACAUCCCCUGAGAAUCGCAUCCUUGUCAAGCGCAUGCUGAUCAAAUGUGCAGACAUCUCCAAUCCAUGCAGGCCUCAAGAGCUCUGUAUAGAAUGGGCCGGACGCAUCUCAGAGGAGUAUUUUGCACAGACGGACGAGGAGAAGAGACAAGGUCUACCAGUGGUUAUGCCUGUGUUUGACAGAAACACGUGUAGCAUCCCAAAGUCCCAGAUUUCCUUCAUAGACUACUUCAUUACGGACAUGUUUGAUGCAUGGGAUGCUUUUGCAGAUCUCCCCAAUCUUAUGCAGCACUUGGACAACAACUUCAAGUACUGGAAAGGCCUGGAUGAGAGGAAGCUGCACAGCCUGCGACCGCCUCCAGAGUAGGCACUGCAGUGUUCGGCCCGGGACUCUGUGGUCCGGGGUGGCCGUCCUCUCUCCUGCUGGGGUGUCUCUCUCCCUGCCAGCCCAGCCAGCCAAAGGGCCUCCUCGCCUUCACUCUCCUGCUUCUGUAGCACGCCAAGCGUUCACAUGUCCGUCGAAACAGAAACCACAGAAGGACUUCCUGACAGGCAGUUGCAGCGGCAACAUUGCCAGCUCUACAACCUUGUCAGAUGAGAACUGUGACAAACAGACACGGACACACAAACAGCAUCCUUAUGAACUUCUUGUGCCUCUCAGGCAUUCGCAGUGUAGCUGGUCAGGUGACAUAACUGAGAGAGGGUCCUUACAGGCCUCCUGGCAAAGCAUCCGUCCCCUAAUUACCACAUGGGCUCUCCUGUUUGCCUGUGAAGUUGCUGUUGAGUAAAAACUGCUUGUUUACUGGAGGAGCGAGUGACACUGGAGGAGUUGAUAGAAGUGUGGUCUGGAUAUGGAAGGAGUCCAGUCCUUGUCAGGCCAUAUAAUCACCUUUGACCUCCACCCCUGUGCUCGCAGCAAGGCAGGACUGCUCCUUCUGCCCCUGGAGGCAACACCAUGAAAGAACACUCCACUGCUUUAUUAUUUUUUUUUUGUUUGGCAAUAUUUUCAUGUGUCCUUCAGAAACACAUCCAAGUUGACACAUAGCUGUCAUAACAGACACGUUGGGUGGGGGUGGUGUGGGGGGAGGGGGUGCUUUCUUUUUUGGGUCAGGGAGUGGAUCUUUUCUUUAGGCCACUGCUGAGAGACAAAAACCUCAACAUCAUGAUCAUAGGUAACUAAUUACAGAUGAUUUGGUAUGUUAAUUUUUCUUAGAUGUUCCAUAUUUUCUAUAUUAAAAAUUCAUAAAUGAAUUAGUUGAUAAAUAAAUAAGAACAAAAUGAAUUUAAAAAAGAGAGAAAAGCCAAAGCUGAUGAAGACAAAUACUACUAUAACUCUCAAAAAUUUACAAUUAUUAUUCAUAUGAAGCAUUACCAUAUUAAACAUUUUUAUUUUCUUAUCAAAAGUACAGUACCAGUUUGAAUGAACACUUUUGUAUUGCACUGUAAACAAUAUUAGAAAUGUCUACGUCUCAGUGAUUUGUCCAGGGAUGGGAUGUUGCAUUGGAGAAUAAGCUGUUAUUGUUGAUCAUCAGGAGUUUGUGCGUAUGUGUGUGUGUGUGUGUGUGUGUGUGUGUAUGUGUGUGUGUGUGAGUAUGUGUGUGUGUGUGUGUGUGUGUGUGUGUGUGUGUGUGUGCGCACGCAUGUGUGGGUGGGUGUGUUUGGGUUGUAGGUGCGGGUGUGUGGGUGUAUUCAUUGUUGCAACAAUCCCUUACUCUUGGUUUAAUGCUGUAAACCGCUUGACAUUUGACAACAGCAGAAAUAUGUGAAAACAUUUUGGACUUGAAAAUUUUUUCUCCCAGAAAUUUUUGUAUCUGGUUUAUCCUACUGAAAAGACUGCCUUAUUUUAUACAAUAUUUAUACAGUACAUCCCACUGUGCAACUGCAACGGACAUCUGAGUUUUUAUUAUAACAUAGUCAGAAGGUUAUGUUCAAGUAAAUCUCAAUAUUUUUAUAGACAAUGAAUUUUACACUGGAUUUGCAGCAAAUGAGAUCACCCAUUCUAGCUAUCUGAAUACCUGUGAAUUGGAUAGUCACACAGAGCAUGUAUACAGAGAACUAAAUGGUUUAGAAGGAUGUGGAUCGCAGAGUUGUCUAUCACUGUCUUUAAGCAGUCUCCUAGAGGCCAGCUUGCAUUGAUUUUUUGAUCAAACAUCAUUCUAUUUUGGCCACUUGUCCAACAUCCUUUAUGCACAGACCCAGGGAACAGCUUUUUGUUCAAGGUUGGUUUCAGAUUAGGAUACUAAUAUAUGUUAAAGAUUGUUGCUUAUUAAGAAUAUUUCCUCUUUAAACAGUAUAUAAAUGCCAUAACAGCUAAGCAAAUGAUGGUUAAUAAGAUGUAUUGACCAUGGUUAUCUUUGUUUCUCUCUUAUGACAGAAUUGUACACUCAAUCAGGGGAUUUGUUUGUUCCUUCUGAUUCACAUCUUGGUCUGAAGGCACGGAAAAAAAUUAGAAACUAUUCAAUGAAAAAUAAAAUAAUGUCAAUUAUAA